GGGAGUGACGUCAGAGCCCGGACGUUUCUGCAACUGAAGAUGGCGACGGGUUUAGGAGGUGUGAAUGGAUGCCCCGAUCCCGAUAUUGGAGAUUCUAGGAAGAGGCCCCUGGAUUCCGAGCUCGAUAUUGGGGCGACGAAAAGGUCCCACCAUGGCGGAGCCAUGCAGCCCUUUUGACGGGCACCACUAGACGCCAGGUGCGCUAUGCUCAGGCGAAAGAAACGCAGUUAAAGAGCGAAAGGAAGGAAGGAAGGGGGCACGCGCACACGUUUGAGAGGGAGAGUGGAAAAAGCCCGGAGGCCCCUCUUCUUCUUCUUCCCUCCCUCUUCCCGCAAAAGCUUUGCAAAUGGAGCAAUUACGAAGACGAGCGUCAGGCAAUGGGACGUUCCACUUCAAGAUUCUCGUACCCGCCGUGGCUGCCGGGGCCAUCAUCGGCAAAGGUGGCGAGACCAUUGCACUGCUCCAAAAGGAAGCGGGAGCCCGGGUGAAAAUGUCCAAGUCAAACGACUUCUACCCAGGAACUACCGAGAGGGUGUGCCUCAUCACUGGGAGUGUCGAGGGCGUUCUACGCAUCCACGAAUUUAUCAUGGAGAAAAUUAAGGAGAAGCCAGACCCCACAGCCAAGAUUGCCAUAGACUUUGACCACAAGCAGCCAGCUGAGAGGGAAAAGCAGGUGAAGAUCCUGGUGCCCAACAGCACGGCAGGCAUGAUCAUCGGCAAGGGGGGCAGCUACAUUAAGCAGAUCAAGGAGGAGAGUGGCGCCUACGUGCAGAUCUCCCAGAAGUCCAAGGACCACGCCCUCGCGGAGCGCUGCAUCACCGUCAUCGGCGAGAUGGACAACAACAAGAAGGCGUGCCAGCUCAUCCUGGCCAAAAUCGUGGAGGACCCGCAGAGCGGCAGCUGCCUGCAUGUCUCCUACGCCGAGGUGACUGGCCCCGUGGCCAACUUCAACCCGACGGGAUCACCGUACGCCAACCCGUCGAGCGUGCACUCCACGGUGAACAACUCGUCGGCCAGCUACAGCUCGAGUGGAAGCCUCAACAGCCUAAGCCCGACGGCAAACUUCGGAGGAGCCGCGGGCUCCAUGGUGCCAGCGCCUUUUCCGGGUGCCAAUGUGGCCCAGCUGCUGGAGAACGUCAAGGCAGUGCUGAGGAGUAACGGCUACACGGAGCAGGCGACCGCCGACAUUGCAACAGCCAUGGGCACCCUGGCAACGUACGGCGUGCUGGGCUCCAGCCUCGGCGCGCUCCUAGCGGGCGCCAACGGGGCCAUGAUAGGACAGGGCCCACCGCAGCCGCCGCCGCCGCAGCAAGUGUACCCGACCUCUCCGAUGGACGCCACGCCACCGGUGGUCGCCAGCAGCUCGGGCAUCUUCGGUCCCGUCGGCAGCGGCGGCUUCGGCUCGCCCCGCUCGGAUCGCUACCACAGCGACAUGGUGUUCGACCCGUUCCGGCGGAACUCGCCCGCGCUAGGGUCGCCCGGCGCGGCGGCCAACAACGGUGCGGGCGGGGGCAUGCCCGUCAACAACAACUCGUUUGGGCUGGGCACGGCGCUGGUGCCGUCGCAGGGGGCCAUGUGCAAGUCGCCGCCGCCGCCAUCGGCGGCCGACAAGUGCUCGGACGCCGUCAAGCGAGACCUCGAGGUGGGGGAGAACAUUGUGGGGGCCAUCUUGGGACCGGGUGGGAAGUCACUGGUCGAGAUCCAGCGCUUCAGCGGCGCCGCCAUUCAGAUCUCCAAGAAGGGCACGUUUGCACCGGGCACACGCAACCGCAUCGUCAGCAUCACAGGCACGCCAAACGCAGUCUCGACGGCCCAGUAUCUGAUCGAGCAGCAGAUCGCCGAGGAGGAAGCCAAAAGGUCACAGCAGAAUGCGCUCGGGGUGCUUCGCUAGGGUGGUGGAAGGUGUUUCUUUUUUUUUUUCUUUCGGCUGACCCCCUCCCCCCUUUCCCCCGCCCC